AGUGUGAUGUGUUUUUUGCUCUUUACAAGUAUUCCAAUAUUUACUAGUGCAUUGUCAAAAAUUAUUUAUGGAGUGAUGAACUGUGAUAAGCUUGGAUUAAGGGAGAAAAAAAAACAUAUUACUUUUCUACAUCCCCUUUUUCUGCACACAGUGCUGGACAUAUUAGCUCCCUCUCUCACCCACAGCCCCAUCUUUUACACAACAACAUGUCAAUAAACAGUCAGCCAUCACCAGGGACGGAUGUGGAAGACAUUUCAGUAAAAUUGAUUGUCACAGUGUGUUUCUGUGAACAUAAGGUCCUCAGGGUUUCCCUCAUCUGCAACACACACAUAUACACAUACUCCGACACAGACAGAGUUAUAAAUGGCCUUUACAUGGCAGAUCUUGCUUCGCAUUUUUCCAGCAGUGAGUGUGUUGUUCUAAUCAGAAGCUGAGCAGAGAGAAAGCAGCAUCAAUUUAAAAUGUGUUAAUGAUCACAUUCGCACAUGGCUUCUACUCACGCUGCACUUUACACACAGCCAAAAAUAUGCACGCACACAUCCACAGGGUUCACACUGCCAGAGUAAUGUGUGCCAGCUCACACGCAUUCCCUCUCUCACACCCUCCCUCCCUCAAUCCCUCCUCUUUUUGGCUCAACCUCCUUCUCUCUCUCUUUUCCCUGGCAGAUAUUCCCACCUUGUCUGUCUCUCAUCACACGCUUUUCUCCUUUCUCUCAUUCUUUUUUUACACUGUGUGCUUUAGAGAUACUAAAAUCAUUUCUCUUCUGUAAGACCUUCUCUUUCAUUCUCUCUCUCUCUCUCUUUAUAUUUCUCUCUCUCCCUCCCUCCUAUGCCGGUUUGUGUGGUUGUAAGAGUGCAGGGUUGGAGUAUUCCUCCUCCUUCUCGGUUCUAAGGACCAUGUUCUAUUUCCAGCUGGUGAUCAUGGCAGGAACCGUCCUCCUGGCGUACUACUUUGAGUACACGGACACCUUCCCCGUGCACAUCCAAGGUUUCUUCUGCUACGACAAGACAUUUUCCAAGCCUUACCCAGGUCCGGAGGAGAACAGCAAAGUGCCGCCUGUCCUCGUGUACUCGCUGGUUACUGCUAUCCCUACCAUAACGAUUCUGGCUGGAGAGUUGAUGGCAUUCUUCAUGAAGUCAGAGGGCACACAAGAGAAGACUAUUGUUACAGCAGACUGCUGCUACUUCAGUCCUUUGCUGAGGCGCAUCAUACGCUUCCUAGGUGUCUACUCCUUUGGCCUCUUCACCACCACUAUCUUUGCCAACGCUGGACAGGUGGUCACAGGAAACCAGACACCUCACUUCUUGUCAGCAUGUAGGCCUAACUACACAGCUCUGGGCUGCCACUCCAAUCUCCAGUACAUCACAGAGCGUCGAGCUUGCACAGGGAACCCACUUAUAGUGGCAUCUGCCCGUAAAUCCUUCCCCUCAAAGGAUGCAGCACUGAGCGUCUACUCUGCUGUUUACACCGUGAUGUACGUAACACUGGUGUUCAGGACGAAGGGAACACGUCUGACAAAGCCGACAGUCAGUCUGACCCUGCUUUGUCUAGCCAUGCUGGUAGGAGUAGUGAGGGUGGCUGAGUACCGCAAUCACUGGGCUGACAUCAUUGCUGGGUACUUCACCGGAGGAGCCAUCGCUGUGUUUUUGGUGACCUGCGUGAUCAACAACUUCCAGCACGCGAAGCCCUCUCCUCCACCCAUGCGACCCCAGCGUCCUGAAUCCAUGCUGGGCAUGCCCAUGGUGGCUCUGCCUUGUGUGGAGAGUCCACUCGAAAAACUCCAAGGGGAUCUCCAUUCACUGAGAUCACAUGACCAUCAGCCCUAUCGGUUCCCCGCCACCCCCGAUGUCCUCAUACCGUCUCGCUCCAUUUCCAGCGAAGUCUAGACCAGCCGUCUGAGCACGCUCAGCAAUGCACCGCAGCCCACACCACUGGACGUUACACCACCCUCUACCGCUCCUACUCGACGCAGGUCUAGACAUUUUCCUCCUUGCUUCACUCUUCAUCUCCAUGCCCUCUCCAUGCUGCCCUCAGGUCUCCAGCACACUUCUCAAACAAACGAGAGGAGACUUUUUUUUCACCUCCAAAAGCUCAGCUAUGGAGACUGAAUCAAACUUGUCCGGCAGUCUGAAAUGUUUUAGGAUAAUUUCCAUCCAUUCAGGCUUGACAUCGUUUGAUUGUUACAGUUUGCUUGAGCAGUGCGUAGUAGCCUUUGGACCACCUAAUGACAUUUGGCCCUAAAUCCAUCCAACCUAUUCCCAGGGGAACCGAUAUGGAGUCCAUGUGCUGGACUCCUGAGAACAAAACAAAAAAAAGACUAAAAGUACCAUGUCUGAUAGGCCUCUUUUUGUUUCAUUAUUGUGUGUGUUUUAAAGAGGCAUGUUUAAAUAGUGUUUAUGUAUAGCAUUCACUGUACAUAAUGUAUUUAAGGUUUGGAUUUCAACAGCCUUGCCAGCAAAUCCAACUGAAAUCUGAAAAGGAUUACCCAGUGUCUUUCUCAGCCUCAGUGUGUACAUUGUGAAAAACUGAAUUCUAUUCAGGUGGACUGUAUUUAUUUAUUUUUUUUGUUAAUCUAUUUACAUUUGAAAAUCAAUAUGUUUCGGUUCAGCACUUACAACAGUUUUUGAAUCUGUGCCAAUGUCCUUUCCCUCAUCAGUAACUGGCAGCUUAAAAGGGUGCAUUCGACACUUUCAUAAUUGACAAACCUCAGCAUCUGGGCAGCCAUCUCUGAAUCCACUGUCACAGUAAAUACUCAGUGCUUGGUUCAUCUCCGAGGAUUUUUUCCCCACCAGUCCCCAGAGCGUGGCAGAUUUAGCUUGUUAACAGCGAUGACACCAUUCUGACGCAAUGGCAUUUUCAUCACCCUCGUUCCUGGGAAAAGCUUGUCUCAGACACAACAGUGCACUGUCAGAUUCAACACCCACCACAGUUUUGAGAGAUCAAAGCCAACACAUGUCUGUUUCUCCAAAAAAAAAAAAAAAUAGGACCAACAAGGCAUUUGUGUCAGUUUAAUUUACUGUGGUUAAAAUAGUUAGAAGAUGUGGGGAAUUUAUUUUCUUUAAUUACUUUCAUUGCUGUUUCAUACCACUGGCUUGUUUACUCUGGGUUGCCCUGAUCCGAAAUAGAUUGAUGUGGAACGGACAUUACUGCAGCUGGUUAGCACAAUUUCCCAGCAUUCCUACUUUAAAAGGAUAUUCAUGAUGGCUUUGGUUAAUUAUUGAGUCGGAUUCAUUUGUUUUCUGUAAAAUAAGUGUUAUAAACAUCACUAGUCUUCACUUAGAGUGACAGUUUUGCUGCUUUUAAUUUGCACAAUGCUUCAUGCACCUGUAUUACUGUAUUUUCCUGAAAUACCUUUCCAACUACUUUGUAUCUGCUCUCUUUUUGGCUACGUAAAACUUUUGUUCACUGUGCUGUGUAAGGUAACAUACCUACUGGACCAACACUAUAACCAUACUUACAGACACAACCACACACACUUUGCACACUUUGUCAAACCUUUAUUCUAAUACUUUAUCCGACUGUCCUCCUUUCUUACAUCUAAUGAUUGUACAGUUUUGUAAAUAUAUCUUUUUGGUAAAAAAAAAAAAUAAUAAGAGCAAGAAGAAAUUGUGUGUUUACACUGGCACCUAUGUGCAUCCAUAGUUGUUACUGUAGUAUUCUAGUUACUGUUCUAACCAUGGAACUAAUCAUCAUUCAUAUUUUGAAAAAUAAAAAUGGAACAGACCAGUUUAGGGUGUUUGGACAGUGAAGCCAUUUCCAAAGCCUAUGCUUAUGGUAGCACCUGACCAAUAACCUGUGAAGUACAGUUAACAAACUUAAAUAUUAUUAUGGGAGAAAGGGGUAAGAUGAGCCAUUUUUACUUUUUCAUUUGUCAAACUGAUAGAUUGUGGCCUAGUCACAAUGCACAAUGCUUAAUGCACCUGCAUUAUGAACUUCAGCAAUGAGCAUUUGUACUUAUCUAAAAUAAGUUUUAUGGAUACACAAUUUGCCUUUUUUUUUUUUUUUUUUUUUUUUUACAGUUUACCUUAGGUGAAAGGUAAGAUGAGCCAACGAGUGGGGAAGGCGUUGAAUCAUUGUACAUAUAACAAAGACACACAGUGUCACUGAUCUAGGUGCUUUUUUGCUCUUGGUGCUUUUAGCUCCUCCUUGUGGAGAAUUUUCAGUCUGCUUUCCAAACAUACUACAUACUGUAUAUUCUAUACAAAUCCAAGAUGCACAAAGCAUUUUUAUACACAAAACUACACUUUAUAGGUUAAAAGGGCCUUGAAUCUAUAUUUUUCUAUAUAAUAAAGCACCAAUCUGUAACUUUAACUGCAUUUUUACCACAUAAAAAUUAACAACCAACUAGACUGAACAAAGAAAUGGAAACCAAUAAAUGUUUUCAUAGUGUGAUUCCCUGCUACUCCUUAACUCAUCUUUUCAUUUAAAUCUAUUCAGCAUUCAAAAAAUAGGUUUGGUAUAUGAGCUAAAUGGCAUAUAUGCUGUUAAUUUGUACAAUA